CUGAACAGCAACAGGCGGGUUUGCAGUGACGCACUAGCAAAUAUCGUGGUCAAGAAUUCCUGCUCGCUGGCCAUCUACUCAAGACUCCAUCUAGUUUGUUUCUUCACCUUGAAGACGUAGAAGUGCAUCUCAUUAGUUAGCAAAGAUAUUCUAGAAUGCCUCCCCCACACUAUGAUUUCCUCAUCAAGCUGCUCUUGAUUGGCGACUCAGGUGUUGGGAAGUCGUGUCUUUUGCUCCGCUUCUGCGACGAUGCAUGGACGCCAUCGUUCAUCACCACAAUCGGCAUUGACUUCAAGAUCCGUACAAUCGAGCUAGACGGAAAACGCAUUAAGCUUCAAAUUUGGGACACUGCUGGCCAAGAGCGGUUUAGAACUAUAACGACUGCGUACUACCGUGGAGCCAUGGGCAUUCUCCUUGUGUACGACGUCACAGAUGAACGAUCAUACCAUAGUAUCCGCACUUGGCAUGCUAACAUUGAACAACAUGCCUCGGAGGGUGUCAACAAGAUUCUCAUCGGUAAUAAGUCAGAUUGGACAGACAAGCGAGCUGUAUCAGAAGAGAAGGGAAUUGAACUUGCCACAGAACUUGGCAUGGAUUUUAUGGAGACAUCUGCCAAGGCGAAUGAAGGUGUGGAAUUGGCCUUCUUCAAUCUUGCAAGGGCCUGCAAGACUCGGCUCAUCGACUCGCAAGCAGAUUCAGCUGCCUCACCGGGAGGUGCAUCCAACGCAGAUGGAUCAGUGAAAGUCAACCAACCUGCGACUUCAGCGUCGAUCGGUUGCUGUUCAUAAGCACCUAUGUUGGACGCUAGUAUAAUCCGAGUUUCUCUUGUUCAUCUUUUGCAACCUAUUUCAUGUUACCUCCGUAUUCCCCUUCCAUGUAAUACUGUUCUACCAUGGCGCGGUGCUCUUGACUGAAUAUCUUCACUAGUUUUUGAAGCAAAUGUUGCUUUGACUCGCUGCGGAGUGCUCAAGUGCCGAAAUUUUAAUUUAUGUAAGAUGAACAUUCCUGUGACUGUCCGAAUUUAGAUUCAUUGCAUACUUAGUA